AUGAAUAAGAAACUGGGUUGUUUUAUAAGGACCAUCAGGCAGAUGCAGGCAUGCCCUUCUGCAGUGAGCCCUUGUUCUAGAAUGGUGACGAGGACAUAUGUGUUGGGGACUAACGGACAUAAAAGCACUGCACAAAGUCUUCAUCUCAGGCGAUGCCCUUUGGAUGUAUCUUCUUCCUGGCUUCGCUCAUCUGCUAGGUUUUUUUCUCAAGACACAUUCAUCAUUAACACAGAAAGCACCAGUGCAAAUGAACAGAAAGUCGCUAAUGGUUUGGAAAACGAUCAAAUGCAAAGCUCAAGACCAGUGACUGUAGAACUUGGCACGCCCCCACCGGGUUCCACGGUUGCUGCUGAGACAGACAGAAGCGCGGGUGAGGAAAUGGGCAAGAGGUCCAUGUCCCAGCUGUACUUUGACGACCUUCGGAAGUGCACAUCCCCCUAUGACGUACUAGACUUGGCUUCAAGGUACCCAAUGUCCUCAAAGUACGUCAGCAACAGCCUGGCUGCGAUGUGGAUGCUCACCAAAAAGCUCUCGGAAGACCAGAAGCGUUACGAGAAACGGCUGAUGUUUGAGCACCCUCAGUUUAGCCAGCUCUGUCAGUGCACCAUGCAGGAGGCCAGGUACAUGUGGCGCGACGACUUGGCAUACAGCCUGCAUGCUGUGGUGAAACUUGGAGUCCCGCAGAACACCCGAUUGAUUCAGACAAUGUUGAGGGUAUGCCAGGAGCGUCUGAAUGAAUUUGAUGACCGAAGUCUGUCCGUUGUUGCCACCACUUUGCAAGGAAUGGAGAAAUGCAAGAAUGUGGAAGCUCUCCAACUUGGAUUACAAUUGCUGGUGGAGCAGCGAAUCCCGAAGAUCUCUAACAUGUUUAUACUGCAAACGAUGAUGAAAUGUAUAGGACAGGAUUCGCCUCUCUCUCUUAAGACAAAACUGGAGAACAAGGUUUUGCGCUACAUCGAUCAGUUGUCUCUCCCAAACGCUCACCACAUGUUCAGUGUCCUGGUGGAAAUGAAUUACCGCUCCCUUCCCAUUCUGAAUGCUUGCAGUGAAAAAAUAAUAGAGAACAUCGAAGGAAUUCCCUUCUGGCGGGUGCUGAACAUUCUGAGAUCUUGCAACGACCUUCAGUACCGCAACACCAGGCUCUUUUCCGCGAUAGCUGAUUAUGUAGCAUCAGCCUUCUAUAUGUGGGACACCAAACAGGUAGUCCUCUUCCUUUCUGCCUUUGAGAAUCUCAGCUUUCGCCCAACCUCUCUGAUGGAUACUUUUGCUGAGAAAGUAAUAUCUCAUCCUGAUUCCUUGAACAUGAAGGAUAUUAUAGCUGUUCUUCGAGCUUAUUCUUUUCUCAACCAUGUCCCUGAAGGCCAAGAUGAGCAAUUCCUUGAGGCUCUGAACAGUGCCUUGACCAGCUAUCUGCCCAGGAUCACUAAUGCGGACUUGCUGAGGGCCGUGUACUCGUUCUGCAUUUUAGGAUAUCUUCCCCAGCCAGCCCUCGACCAGCUGCUACAAGACGAAGUCCUUCGUGAUCUGACGACUGGAGAUGGGCAGAAUGUAGAACAAAACGAAUCGAUGCUGCGUACCGUGAAUGUUUGUCUGGCACUCGAUGGUCAUUCUGUCCCUGAGCCAGCGAUCGCCUUUUCAGCGGAGCAACAGCCCUCUCCUCCCUUUUCUCAUUUCCCUGAUGUCCAGGAGGUCCUGUUCACGCUUUUGGGAGAUGCGAGUUUGUUUCAACCGAAUGUAAAGUUGGCUCAUGGCUACAGAAUAGAUUUUGAAAUCCUAAUGGAUGCCAACAGAAGAAAGGUGGUGCCAAGCAGCGAAGCGGAUCAGCCUACAGAUGAUCCUGGCAUUCAAAGGGUGGCUGUGCUGUGCGCUCCCGUGUCUGCUUUCUGUACUGACUCGAGGCAUCCCCGUGGCAGGACGGCAAUGAAGACGAGGCAUCUGAGACUGCUGGGCUAUCAUGUGGUCCUGCUUCAUUACCUGGAAUUUCAAAAACUGAGGAAAGAAGAGGCAGUUCAGUUCUUGAAGGGAGAAAUAUUUUCAUCGGAAGGUCAUCUUGGUUCUGAUUAG